AUGUCCGACGACCCAUCCACGUCGGCUGGGCCAUCGCCCCUGACCGCCACCGCCAUCCCAUCCAGCUUUGAUUCAUCGCCUGAAUUCUUCGAAGAAUCCCGCUUCCAAAAGCUAUGGCGCAAAUUACGUCAAGAACCUCUGAUUCCGCUGGGCUGCGCCGCGACAUGCUAUGCCUUGUAUAUGGCGACCAAGUCCAUCCGCGCAGGUGACCAUCAUCAAACAAACCGCAUGUUCCGCGCGAGAAUCUACGCCCAGGGCUUCACGCUGCUGGCGUUGGUGGCGGGCAGUAUCUUCUACAAGGAUGAGAGGAUGAGGAGGAAGGAGUUCGAGGCGAAGUUGGAGGAGAAGAAGACUGCAGAGAAGAGGGAGAAGUGGCUGGCUGAACUCGAGGCCAGAGACCAGGAGGACAAGGAGUGGAGGGAAAAGAUAGAGAAGAUGAGCCGAGACGCCAGAGAGAUGAGCGAGGACAUCAGGGACAAAGCGGAAAAAGUGAUUGAGGUCGGAAAGGAGGGGCUGCAGAAGGCUCAGGAACAGUCGGCACUCCCUGAAGCAGCCGGGUCAGGAGACAAGAAGAAGAGCAGUUGGGCCAUCUGGAAUAAGAGUGUGCUGGAGGAGGUCAAUGGGGACGGCUGGGGUCCUGGUAUGUGGGCGAAGAGAUCGAGGGAUGCCUGGAAAAGGUCCUGA